AUGGCCGCCCGCAAGUCGCUGCUCAUCCCGGUCCACAAGAGCGAUGAGAUCGUCGAGAUGUUCUCGGACGAGCUGCCGGAAGACGCCAACGACAUCAUGGAGAUCCUCCGCGCCGAGAUCGCGCCGCUGGAGGUCUGGCUCAACUUUGCCGUCGAGUACUACCUGCAGGGCAAGGUCGCCCAGUUCGAGCAGAUCUUUGACCAGGCCACCAUGUCGGACGCCGACGAGAUCUACCACGACGAGGCUGCGCGCAUGAGCCGACUCAAGAUCCUCAACGCAUGGGCGUGCCACCACAUCAACACGAUGUGGAAGGAGGACGAUGACCGGAAGCGCGAGGUGCCAUCGCAGAAGGCGGCCGCGCUCUUCCAGAAGGCCGACCGCAUCGAUCCGCAGUGCAUCACGACGCUGACAGGCAAAGCGCUCAUGUUUAUGGCCAAAGGCGAGGACGAGCGCGCCGAGCGUUUCCUCCGGACCGUUCUCCAGGUGCAACCCGAGAACCUCUCGGCGAUCCUCGCGACCGCGCUCCUCCAAGUGCGCAAGCGCAAGUUUACCGAAGCGAAGAAGCUCUACUACGACGCGAUCGCGCUGCACCCGCAGUCACCCCAAGCUGCGCGCAUGCGCAUGGCGUUUGCGUACUGUUGUUACCAGAUGGGCUGCGUCGACAAGGCGCGCGCGGUCAUGAAGUACGCGGCCAAGCUCGACGAUAGCUACGUCGAUGCGAUGAUGGCCAACGCGAUCUGGCAGCUCGCGACGCUCAGCCCAAGCGAGCGCGCGCGCAACAUGCAGAACGAAGGCUCGCGCUUCAUGACGAUGGUGCACCACGCGCACGCGCUCGACAAGACGCACCCGUCCGUCUUGAACCACUUGGCCAACCACUACUUCUUGCAGUGGUCGCCGCUGCCAGGCACGGCGGCGGUCGAGCGCGGGUCGUCGACCGUGGUCACGUCGCACGAUCUCUCGACUGACUUGGCGCCCGGGCAUCUCAUUAGCCUCGGGAGCAAGUUCUUUUGCUACGUCGUCGCCAUCGACGCGGCGAAAAACACGCUCGAGAUCGACGUGCCGUACAGCGGCCGCACGCGCAGCGGCAUCAGCGUCAGCCGCAAGAUGUACGACCAGAUGUUUGCGCUCGCGGCCAACGCGUACCACAACACGCUGACGAAAGAGCUUCGCGCCGAGAGCUGCUACCUCAUGGGCCGCGGCCGCCACGCCGAAGGCAAGUACGCGGACGCGUAUGGGUACUACUUCAAGGCGAGUCAGCUCAUGCCGACGCUGGCGUCACCGUGGCUGGGCCUCGCCCAAAUGUACUACCAGCAAAACCAGCUCGACAAGGCGACCGCGUACCUCGAGAAGACGCUCAAGGCGUACCCGGACAACACGGACGUCCUCCUCUUCCUCGCGCACGUCUACAGCAAGACAACGCAAGACGGACGCGAUUGCGCACUACCGCCGCGUGGCCGGACGAUUGACCCGGGCAAC